ACGGCUCGUUCAUGGAACUGUGCUGCUUAGCAUGACAUUGUACAGCACGCUUACAACAACAAUGAUUGCCCCAGGCAUCUGCAGUACUGAUACACCAACCUCAGUAACAUUGCAGAUUGACUUUCCAGAAACUAAUUUGGAGUUCAUUAAACCCGAACCUGAAGAAAGAAGAUGUGAUCUUGAAGAGCCAGCCAAAGACUGCCUGAAGCAUAUUGCAAGACUUUCACAGAUACAUUCUGUCUUGCUACUCUCAGAGCAACAGAGAAGAAUCUUGUGGUUUUAUCGUUACUACUGCAAUAAUCAAAAUUGCUCCCUUCCUCUGGUACUGGGUAGUGCACCCAGUUGGGAUUGAACGACUGUAUCAGAAAUGUAUGCCAUGUUAAGGAGAUGGAGAUUUUCUAACCCUCUGGAGGCACUUGGGCUUCUGACUUUCAGUUUUCCAGAUCAAGACAUUCGCAGAACAGCAGUCCAACAAAUACAAAAUAUGUCAAAUGAUGAAUUGUUAGAAUACCUCCCACAGCUGGUUCAGGUGCUCAAGUUUGAGUGGAGUCUUGAAAGCCCUCUAGUGAAACUCCUGCUGAGUCGUUCUCUUCAGAGCAUCCAAGUAGCCCAUCAACUUUACUGGCUGUUGAAGAAUGCACAGAAUGAAGUUCAUUUCAAAAUCUGGUAUCAGAAACUACUGGCUGCACUCCAGUUCUGUGCUGGAAAAACCCUGAACAAUGAGUUUUCUAAGGAGGGGAAACUUAUCAGAAUUCUGGAAGACAUUGCCAAAAAAGUAAAAGCUGCCAGUGACCCAAAGAGAAAGGAGGUGUUAAAGGUGGAACUCAACAGACUUCAGCAGUUCUUCCAGGAGGUAAAGGUUUGCCGGCUUCCCCUGAAUCCAGCGCUUGUUGUCCAAGGCAUAGAGGCAGAUUCAUGUUCAUAUUUUACGUCCAAUGCUUUUCCAUUAAAAAUCUCCUUCAUCAGUGCAAAUGCUCCAAGUGGAAACAUCAAUGUUAUUUUUAAGAUAGGAGACGAUCUACGUCAAGAUAUGCUGGUUCUGCAAAUUAUUCGAGUGAUGGACAGAAUUUGGCUCCAAGAGGGAGUGGAUAUGCAAAUGAUCAUUUAUAGGUGUUUAUCUACAGGAAAAAACCAAGGAUUGGUACAGAUGGUGCCAGAUGCUACCACACUAGCGAAGAUCCAUAGGGAGUCUGGACUGGUAGGACCAUUGAAAGAAAACACAAUUAAAAAAUGGUUCCGUCAUCACCAUCCUCUGGAAUCAAAUUACCAAGAGGCAAUAAGGAAUUUCUUUUAUUCCUGCGCUGGCUGGUGUGUUGUUACCUUCAUUCUGGGAGUCUGUGAUCGACACAGUGACAACAUAAUGCUAACAAAUGCUGGACGCAUGUUCCACAUAGAUUUUGGAAGAUUUUUAGGUCACGCACAGACAUUUGGAAGCAUAAGAAGAGACCGAGCUCCCUUCAUCUUCACAUCAGAGAUGGAGUAUUUCAUCACAGAAGGUGGAAAAAACCCACAGCGUUUUCAAGAGUUUGUGGAGCUUUGUUGUCGCGCUUAUAAUAUAGUCAGGAAACACAGCCAGUUACUCUUGAACCUGCUGGAGAUGAUGCUGCAUGCAGGAUUGCCUGAGCUAAACAGCAUUCAGGAUCUGAAGUAUGUGUAUGAUAACCUCCGUCCUCAGGACUCAGACCUCCAGGCUACAAGCUACUUUACAAGGAAAAUAAAGGAAAGUUUGGAGUGCUUUCCAGUUAAACUCAAUAACUUGAUCCACACGCUUGUACAGAUGUCAGUGACAGGCUCUGCAAAGCCUCCAGCUCCAGAGACUGUCCCCCAAGAAUGGAUGAUGCUGGAUGCAGAGAAGUCAAUUGCAAGAGCCACUAUUUUGGGGUUCAACAAAAAGCCUGACUCCCUCUAUCUAGUCCAGGUGGUGCAAACCUGCAAUGUGGUCACUUUUGUGGAAAAAUCAUUUGACCAGUUCUCAAAACUUCACAGCCAUCUCCAGAAGCAAUUCCCUUCACACGCCCUCCCAGAGUUUCCCCACUCAUGGCAUUUACCUUUUACAGAUCUUGAACAUAAAAGAGUGAAGGAUCUGAAUUUCUAUCUGAAGCAGCUAUUAAGUGGAUCCAGGAAACUGGCUAAUAAUGAGCUCGUACUCAGCUUCUUCCUGAAUUGGGGCAAAAACAGCUUGGCGGAAGAUUCAUCUUCUGUGACCUUAGGUCCUCAGUCAACUGAUCGUAAGGCUGGAGUACAAUUAGUCAUAUCCUACGAGAGCACCCGUCUGACAAUAAUGUUGAAACACAUGAGGAACAUUCGCCUCCCAGAUGGCUCUGCCCCAAGUGCACAUGCUGAAUUUUAUCUUCUGCCGGAUCCUUAUGAGGUCAGUCGAAGGAAAACAAGAACAGCUCCAAAAAGCUCUGACCCUACUUACAAUGAAAUUGUUGUGUAUGACAAAGUCGCAGAGCUCAAAGGCCGUGUACUGAAGCUUAUUGUGAAAAGCAAAGGAACAUUUGUGGGAGCUGUUAACAUUCAACUGAGCAGUGUCCAGUUAAAUGAAGAAAAGUGGUAUCCCCUGGGAAACAGUGUAAUUUAA